AUGAGUGACCCAAAGAGCGAGCCGAAGGGUGAGCCAAAGGGUGAGGUGAAGGGCGAGUCAAAGGGGGAACUUAAGAGGGACAGCCAAAGGGAGCAUCAAAAGAGCGACUCAAAGGUUGACCAUAAAGGUGACCAAAAGACAGAACAAAAGACUGAGCAAAAGGCUGGAACAAAGAAAGACCUCAGUUAUGAACAAAUUAAAGCCAGGGCACCAAACAUUUUGACUGAGAUGGUCCGGAUGCUUAUCACAUGGCAGAAAAUGGGCUUCCACGUGCCGCGAGGUGUCAAGAACAUCUUUGAGUUUACAUGGGAUGAGCUCAUGGUGUCAUUGCCAAGGAAAUCUUUCACUGGUUUAUAUUGUCCCUUUGUCAAAUUCUCGUCUUUUGAGGAGGCUGACACCUCUUCCCCUGCUGCCUCAAGAGCCCCAAAGGCAGGUGUUACGAUCUCAACAGUAAAGCCUAAUUACAUGACCCCUUCGUCGGACAAUCAACAGAUGCUUCUCAAGUUCCAAAAACGGUCUGUCCACCUACUGACGGAACUCCUGAAGAUGAAGAUGAAGAUACUGAUCGACGCAGUUGCUGGCCCUAGUACUGAAGAUACUGCAAGGCGGUUUCUGGAACGUGGUCUACUGCUAAGUCCUAAAAGCAAGGAAGAGGCAAAUAUAUUAAUGGCAAGAGAACCAAGGAGGAAAGGACGUUGUAUGAUACCAACAGUUCCAGCGAUUCCUAUUUCUUCCACCACCCAGCUUAUACAGCAAAUGUCCAUUUCCUGUCUUUGCUUUUCGUUGGCGUUCAAAGAUAGCAAGCUGCAAAAGGGCUCAGGCGCUGGUGCAUCUGAGAAAGAUGCAAGUAUCGAUGAAAGACUUGACCCAUGUCCUGAAGCCAGGGCGAAGCUCCGAGCAAUUUGCCGACUUAUGGAGGAAGAGAGGGCUGCAGCCGUAUCCAAGGGCCAUACGAGACCCUUAACCCUGAGAAAUUAUGUACUUAUCCAUAAGUCACCAUCUCAAGCCUUGAAACGAGCUUCGCUCUCCCAAGUAGCCACCUAUAUCAGACGUAUGAAAGGGAAGAAGUUCUACUUUAGCUUUCCUGAUGGGACAUCCUUCAUAUAUUACCUAUCAGGAAGUAUUGCGGUGUGCCAGUUUCCCAUAUGCUGCAUAGGAAAAACAGUCACCCUUCUGUUUCAGGAUGCUCCAAAUCAAACACUUCUGGGUACAUUUAUAUCACAGGGCCAGUCGUAUGUACGGUACUCCUUUAAAGCCAGUUCCACAAUAGCACUGCUGAUGGAUAAUGAAGGAGGAAGUAUUAUAGACAAAUAUGGUUAUUUAACCCACCAAUGGAGCUGGUAUUCGAAAAACCAGGUUCUACAGUCAAUAGAAUUUCAGAUAAAUGAACAGAUUAAACUGAAGGUUUUUAAUCAAAAUUCCAUGACAAUUUCAUUUGCCUCCAUCAAUGAAACCGUCACUUUGCCUUUGGUUAGACCUGGAUGUACACAUGGAUCAAAGGCUGACAAGCAGUUGUCUGUAAGAAAUAGCGAUGAGGACAAGGAAGGGCACUGGAAAAGAAGCUUAACAGAGAUUAAGAGGAGGUUUGAGAAGAUAGUGAAACAAUUUAUAAAUGGUGUUUUGAUGGUCUCAGGAAUUUGUUGUAUAGAAUAUCCAAUUGGCUUUCAUUCUUCAAAGCAAGUGAAGUUUUUGAUGAAGGAGUCACCAUUUCAGGCCUGGGAUCGGAAACAAAGAGAAGACACCCAUGUAUCAGUUCCAGAAGCAAAAGGGAAACGUGUUAAACUACCACGUGCACGGAGCACUGUCAGUUUCAAGGGAAUGCAAAGGCCCGCCUCACGAACCAAAACAGAGAUCUCGGCUCAAGAUACAAUUCUUGCAUCGGAGACCUGGGCAUCUUCUCCUACGGACUGUCCAGUUAUGCUACGCAAAGUUUUGACCAAAGACACUGAUAGUGUAUGCUGCAAGUGUGUGGUGAAACUCCCGUUAAUUACUGACUUGGAGUUUGAAAAGUUUAUCUCUGCCCGAAGAGAUCCCCAUCAAGUCAUCGUGAUCUGUGUGCUGUCACCUCAAAGCCAUACCUACUCCCCCUUCUUUGAGUGGUCCAUCGAAAAGAUGUACAUACAAAUGCAGCAUGGCCGUCCCUCCCCUUGUAUUCAAUGCAAACACGAUCCCUACCGCUUCCUGAAAUAUGACCUUGAGAGCCCUCUGAACCAAACGCCUCCGCUUCUGGUGCAGAAACACGGUGUCGUUCCUGGCAUGGUGGUGAUGUACGCUGGAGGGAAGCUACUCUUCGGGGGCUGUGUUUUCAACGGAUACAGCUACAGCAAGAGGGACCUGCUGAAGCAGAUCAACCAAGCUUGCCUUGACUACAAGAUGGGCCACUUCCUGCCACAGAGUUUCAAAUUUAGGUAA